AUUGCCGUUGCAGUUAGCGGUGUGCAGCUGGUAUUAUUGUUGUUGUCUAACGUGUUUUAUUUUUUUGUUGUUGUUGCGUUCGGUUACGACGUUUCCGAUGAUCUUGGCCUGUUGUUUGCCUUAUUUUUUGUUUUGUUGAAAUGUUGUUAUUGUAACUCGUUUUGCGCGUGUGAUUCAUACAAGCAACAACAACCGCUAACAGAAAAUGCAGUGAAAUAUGCUAAAUGAAAUAAACAAAGUAAAAGGCAAAGCGUAAAACAGCUAAAAGAGCGAGACGAGUGCGUUGACGAGUGCAUCCUGCAUUGAGAGCGCGAGAGAUAAAAAACGAUAACAAAAUAAAACAAUAUAAAGCGGCGCUCUUUCAAACAAACACACAGACGCAUAUAGAGAGCAAGAGACACUCGCACACACACAUACGCACCUUGAAGCGCGCACGCACACGCGAUAGUUCUUUCUGUCUGGUGGUAGGUGAACAAAAAAAAAAAAACGUUUUUUUCCCGUCGUGUGUACAGCUGCUGUCAAGUGCGCAGCCGCAGCAGCGACGCCAAAGUCCUUUAAGCGUGGUAGUGCAGGCCGUCUCGCUUGCUCGCUCGCAUGCCACACUGUCCAGCUAGAUGAAUAGCAACGCGCACGCACACAUACAGAAACAGGCAAAUAAACGUAUGCAGCUGCCUGAGGAGCAGAUGAAAGGAGAAGAUGAUGCCAAAGCCAAAUGCCAGUAACAGACAACGACAACAACAACAACAACAACAACAACAGCAAGAACAACGUACGGAUGAGCAAAAUAUGUAUCUACAUUAAUAAUAAUAACUGCAACAACAACAAGAACAACGACAACGACUGCAACUGCAUAAAUACAUUCCACACAAGUGCAUUCUUAUUAAUAUAUUUAAUUAAAGUGUUAUCGAAAAAGUGUUAUCGAAACUAUGAAGGUUACCGUUUGCUUCGGCGAUGUUCGCAUUUUGGUGCCUUGCGGCACCGGCGAACUGUUCGUCCGGGAUUUGAUCAGCGAGGCCACGCGACGCUACAAAAAGGCAGCCGGCAAGGAAGCGGACUCCUGGGUAGCCGUACACCAUUUGCAGACACAAUCGGGCAUAUUGGAUCCCGAUGACUGUGUGCGCGAUGUGGCCGAUGAUCGGGAACAGAUACUGGCCCACUUCGAGGAUUCGGGGCCCGAUCCGGGCGUACCGCAGGGCGGAGGCGAUGGCGCCUCGGGCAGCUCCUCAGUGGGCACCGGUUCGCCGGACAUCUUUCGUGAUCCCACAAACACAGAGGCGCCCACGCGCGAUCUGUCCACGCCGCACAUCGAGGUGACCAGCACCACGUCCGGCCCGUUGGCUGGCCUGGGCGUCGGCCUGAUGGUGCGACGCAGCAGUGAUCCCAAUUUGCUAGCUUCGCUCAAGGCGGAGGGCAGCAACAAGCGUUGGUCGGCAGCGGCGCCGCACUAUGCGGGCGGAGAUUCACCGGAACGCCUAAUGCUGGACAAGGCCGGCGGCCAGCUGUCGCCACAGUGGGAGGAGGAGGACGACACAGCCGCUCAGCUGAAGGAGCAAUUGCUGCAGCAGCAGCAACUUCCACACGCUGGCGCAGCGGGUGCUCAUCAGCCAUUCGCUCGUUCCGGCCGCCUGUCCAUGCAGUUCCUGGGCGAUGGCAAUGGCUACAAGUGGAUGGAGGCCGCCGAGAAGCUGCAGCAGCAGCCGCAGCCGUUGCCCACGUCGCUCCCAAAUAGCGCCUAUUCCAGCAAAUCGCUGCCGCGCGAGAGCAAGCGCAAGGAGCCGCUGGGUCAGGCCUACGAGUCCAUACGCGAAAAGGAUGGCGAGAUGCUGCUCAUUAUCAAUGAGUACGGCAGUCCGCUGGGCCUGACGGCCAUGCCGGACAAGGAGCACGGCGGCGGACUGCUCGUGCAGCACGUGGAGCCCGGCAGCCGGGCCGAGCGUGGCCGUUUGCGUCGUGAUGAUCGCAUCCUCGAAAUCAAUGGCAUCAAACUGAUUGGCCUGAGCGAGUCCCAGGUGCAGGAGCAGCUGCGCCGUGCCCUCGAGUCCUCCGAGCUGCGCGUGCGCGUGCUGCGCGGCGACCAGCAUCGACGCCAGCAGCAGCGGCGCGACUCCAAGGUGGCCGAGAUGGUGGAGGUGGCCACCGUGUCACCCACACGCAAACCGCAUGCCGCUCCGGUGGGCACCUCGCUGCAGGUGGCCAACACCCGCAAGCUGGGCCGCAAGAUCGAGAUACUGCUGAAGAAGGGCCCGAACGGCCUGGGCUUCUCGGUGACCACGCGCGACAACCCAGCGGGCGGGCAUUGCCCCAUCUAUAUUAAGAACAUCUUGCCGCGCGGCGCAGCCAUCGAGGAUGGCCGGCUGAAGCCCGGCGAUCGCCUGCUCGAGGUCGAUGGCACGCCCAUGACCGGCAAGACCCAGACGGAUGUGGUCUCCAUUCUGCGUGGCAUGCCCGCCGGCGCCACAGUUCGCAUUGUCGUCUCCAGGCAGCAGGAGCUGGCCGAGAUGCCCGUUGGCCCCCCGGAAGCAGCGGAGAGGGCAGUGCCAGCUGCGCCAGUUCCAGUUUCAGCUCCGAUUCCGGUGCAAAAGUCGAGCAGCGCUCGUUCGCUCUUCCAGCAACAGCAGCUGCAGCAGCAGGCGCAGCUCAAUGAAUCUCAGCACUUUAUUGAUGCGGGCAGCGAGUCGGCGGCUUCCAAUGACAGCCUGCCGCCGAGCAGCAGUAGCUGGCAUUCGCGGGAGGAGCUGACACUCCACAUACCCGUGCACGACACCGAGAAGGCUGGCCUGGGGGUCAGCGUGAAGGGCAAGACGAGCUCGAACUUGAACGCGUCCACGCCCAACAGCAACAGCAACAUGAAACACGACGGCGAUCUGGGCAUCUUUGUGAAGAACGUGAUCCAUGGCGGGGCCGCAUCGCGCGACGGCCGCCUGCGCAUGAACGAUCAGCUGCUGAGUGUGAAUGGCGUCUCGCUGCGCGGCCAAAACAAUGCCGAGGCCAUGGAGACGCUGCGCCGUGCCAUGGUCAACAAACCGGGCAAGCAUCCGGGCACAAUUACCCUGCUAGUCGGACGCAAAAUCUUGCGCUCGGCCAGCUCCAGUGACAUAUUGGAGCACAGUCAAAGCCAUAGCAACAGCAACAGCAACAGCAACAGCAACAGCAACAGCAAUAGCAAUAGCAACAGCAGCGGCACCAACAGCAACAGCAACAACAACAACAACAACAACAGCAGCUCCAAUGCCAGUGACAACUCAGGCGCCACGGUCAUCUAUCUGAGUCCAGAGAAACGCGAGCCGCGCGGCUGUGGCAACGGACCUGGCAGCGAUAUGAAUAGAUGGAGCAAUCCCGUUUUGGAUCGUCUAACCGGUGGCAUUUGCUCCGCGAAUUCAACACAGCCAACACAGCAGCAACAACAACAACAGCAGCAGCAUCAGCAGCAGCAGCAAUCGCAGUCGCAGUCGCAGCAGCGUCGCUUGCCGCCCACGCCCCUGGGCGGCAACAGCGGCGCCUUGCGCAACGAAAGCUACUACAUGGCCACCAAUGACAACUGGUCGCCGGCGCCGCUGCAGCUGCUCAAUGGGCAUGGCAACACGGCGCUGCUCAUUGAGGACGAUGCGGAGCCCAUGUCACCCACGCUGCCGGUGCGCACACACGAUGGCCAGCACUGCAACACGAGCAGCGCCAACACAUCGCAGACGAGCGUCGGGAUGGGACAGACGAGCGGCGUGGCAGCGCCGGCCGCGGCUGGUAAUUUCGAUGCCACGUAUUCCUCGCAGCUGAGCCUGGAGACGAACAAUUCCGGUGUGGAGCACUUUUCGCGCGAUGCGCUCGGCAGACGCAGCAUCUCCGAGAAGCAUCACGCGGCGCUGGAUGCACGCGAGACGGGCACCUAUCAGCGCAACAAGAAGCUGCGUGAGGAACGGGAGCGGGAACGUCGCAUUCAGCUAACCAAAUCGGCUGUCUAUGGGGGCUCCAUUGAGUCGCUGACGGCGCGCAUAGCCAGCGCCAAUGCCCAAAUGGCGGCAGCAGCGGCUGGGUAUAAGCACGCCAAGACCAGCUCCCACAUCGAGCAGCGGGAACAGCAGCAGCAGCUGCUGCUGGCCGCCGAGGCCGAGGCGCGCGACCAACUGGGCGAUCUGGGACCAUCGCUAGGCCUGAAGAAGUCGUCGUCGCUGGAGUCGCUGCAGACGAUGGUGCAGGAGCUGCAAAUGUCGGAUGAGCCGCGCUCACAUCAUGCGCUGCGUGCGCCACGUGGACGCGGACGUGAGGAUAGUCUGCGCGCCGCCGUUGUCAGCGAACCGGAUGCAAACAAGCCGCGCAAGACCUGGCUGCUGGAGGAGGGCGAUCACGAGGGCGGCUUUGCCUCGCAGCGCAACGGGCCGUUCCAGAGCUCCCUCAACGAUGGCAAGCACGGCAGCAAGUCGCGCGCCAAGAAGCCGAGCAUCCUGCGGGGCAUCGGGCACAUGUUCCGCUUCGGCAAGAACCGCAAGGAUGGCGUUGUGCCCGUUGACACAUAUGCCACGUCUGCAAUUGGCUCAACGGCGCAGCCCAUGAAUGGACAGUCGCAGCAGCAGCAGCAGCAGCAGCACCAACAGCAGCAGCAUCAAUUGCAACAGCUGCAGCAGCAGCAGAUACCAGCCGCAGCGCUUGCUGCACUGGAGCGCAAUGGCAAGCCGCCAGCGUAUCAGCCGCCGCCACCGCUGCCCGCACCCAAUGCAGCGGGUGGCGGUGGUGCCGUGGGGCCUGGACGCGACUCAGCUGCUGCCACACUGAAUGGUGGCAUACACCAGAAUGACAUAUUCAAUCAUCGCUAUCAGCAUUACGCGAACUAUGAAGACCUGCACCAGCAUCAGAUUAGCGACAGCGUUCAAGAGACGCUCUCGGAGUCGACGCUCGAGUGCAUGCGACAGCAGGUGAUCAGGCAGCGCAUCAAGGUCGAGGCCGAAAGUCGCCGCCAUCAGCAUUACCAUUCGCAGCGCAGCGCCCGCUCCCAGGACAUCAGCAUGCACUCCAAUUCCAGCGGGCAGCAGCCACCGUUGCCGCUGCCCCCGUCGGCGGCCGCCGUUGCCGCUGGCCAUCAGCAGUCGAACGGAAUGCGGCCAAUGAGCAGCUACUACGAGUACGACACGGUGCAGCAGCAGCGCGUGGGCAGCAUCAAGCACAGCCACAGCCACAGCCACAGUCACAGCCACAGCCAUGGCCACAAUCACAGCGGGCACCACAACGGCGGCAAUGCCACGUCGUCGCCCAUCAGCGUGAAUGUGGCGCAGCCCCACUGGAAGGCAGCGGCCCUCAACGGCUACUCGCCGGCAUCGUUGAACAGCAGCGCCCGCAGCCGUGGACCGUUCGUCACCCAGGUGACCAUUCGGGAGCAGACCGGCAUGCAGCAGGCGCAGACACAGUCACCGUCGCAGUCGCAGUCGCAGUCGCAGCAACCCACCUACCAGACCGUGCAGAAGAUAGCGACAGCGCAGUCGCAGUCGCAAUACGGCAGCGCUGCCGGCGCCCAGCCGCAUGCGUCGAAGGUGUGACUAUAGGUGCUGGCGCAUGCGCGCGCCACACGCGACGUCCUCGUGGAGGGCCACCAGCACAGCCAGCACUCGGAGCUGAGCGAGGUGGAGGUCUUCUACUAUGCCACCGAGUGCUGACUGGCCAGACAGCCAGGUAGCCAGACAGCCAGGUAGCCACGCAGCCAGGAGGAGACAGACAGGUCGCAGUGUGCGAGUCGCCAGCGGCCGGCAGAGCAAGCAAUCAACUGGAAAGCAGUUUAAAUUCAUUUUUUUUUUUUUAACACAUUUAUAAUUAAUAUAUAAAUACAUAUAUAUUGUAUAUUUUCAUUAUUUGACAAGAGGGGCCAGAUAGCCCCAACAUACACACACACACAUGCAUAGUUAAGCUCAUUAAAAUUAUAUUAUACAAUGAAAGUAUUCCAUGUAAAGAGAGAGGAAGAGAGCAAAUGUAAAUGCUGCUUCCUAUACGAAAAUAUUUAAAUAUAUAUAUUAUAUAUCCAUCUGCGAAGAUUUACCAAUGCAUUGCGCUAUAAUUAAGCUAAGACAUUAAUUGUAUUAAUCGAAAGUCAAAGACCGUGUAAAUAAUUAUUAAAUAUAGUUCGAAUUGUAUGGGCCGCAGCGGAACGAAAGAAUGAAGGCUGAGGUAACUGAAACCUAAAGAACGAACGCAUAUAUCAUUUCAUAGAAUAUCUAUUUAUGUAAGCUGCUAUUAAGUCGCAAAAACAUGGUAAACAUUGCUUAAAAUAUUCCCUAAAUUAUGCUAACAUUUAUUGUAAACAAAACGAAAAGAAAAAGAAAAAAAAUUAAAAAUAAAAAAUACUUGGAAUUGUAUUAGGCGCUUCAACCAAGCCAAAAUCAUGCUGUAAAUAUGUAACUGACAUAUAUACAUACAUACAUUUUUAGACAUAUAUGCAUAUACAGAUAUGUAUAUAUAUAUAUAUUAAUCUACAUAUACCGUUAAAGACGUUUUUUUUUUUUUUCGUUUAGCUUUAAAGCAGACGCCAUGCAAAAGAAAAAAUGAUGAAGAUAUGAAGUGAAACUUAAGAGUCCCAAGAAUUUUUUUUUUUUUUAUUAUAAUUAUAAUUAUAAUUAUAACU